AGGGUCACUGUUGACGUAAAGAUGUCUAAAAUCACUAUUGCAGGCUGAGUUUCUACGGAAAAUUAUGUUGCAGCACUGUAAUGUGAUACAAACACAUAGCUUUGACUUAUAUUUAUUAUGAUCUAAAAUGAGUCUGUAGCUUGCGAAAUCAUUUCAAAAAUGUCGUCUUCAUCCGCGGCUCGCCCAAAGCGCAGAGGUGGCGCGCCUGUAUCAAUGCGUGGCUUAGGGGGCUUUGAUUUCUUAAAGCAACGUGUUCAGCGUGGUAAACAGGAGGAAACCGUCGCGGAACCGGAAGAAGCAGGAGCUGGCGUUGAUGGUAAAACUACAAAGGUACCCGAUGGAACCAAAGAUGAUUCAACUGGUGCAAAGACAGUCGAGAAGGCACCAGUGGCUGCGACAACAUCUAGAAGGAUAUCAUCGGCUGGGGAUGGCGGGCAUCGCGCGCGUAUCCUUGAUCAGGAGGAAGCUGGGCGAGACGAGGAUUCAGAUGCGGUGAUGAUCACAACAACCUUUCGCACGAAAGCAGAUCUGAUACGCGAGGAGCAGCGUGCGGCGGAGCAGGCCCGCUUGGCAGCUGAGACACGGAAACAACAGGAAGAAGAGGCUCGACUCCAACAGGUGAGUCAUUUCUACAAGACUCGCGGCGGGGCCGACAAACAUGAUGCAGCAGCAGCUGGUGCUUCUAGUUCGCAACAUGCUGGCGCUGGAAGUGGCGCAGCCUCAGGAGAUAGCUCCUCUUCGUUGUUGCAACGUCUUGAAGGCGAGAAAAACGUAGACGACGAUGACGCGGUCCCAGAAGCGAUGAGUUUGUGGGAGAUCAUCUGCAGAUUACGCCAGGCCGGCGAAGUGAUUACCUAUUUCGGGGAAAAGCCGAUGCAACGCUUUCGGCGAUUGCGCCUGAAGGAACGAGACUUACAGGCCACGCAAGAACUUCGCAACGCUAGGGGACACAACAGCUUUUUAGUCGCUCGCAGCACCGAGAGAGGUACUUCUGGUGAGAGGAACAUAAUGGGAAUGGGAGGUGGUGCUGGAAGUAUGUCGUAUAUCAACUCCUUGUCAUCCAUGAUGUCGUCGACUGGAGGCGGUGGGUCGUCAGCGCAAAACGAUGCUGGAGUACCUGCGUUUUCACCGGCGAGUCCCUAUUCGAAUGACGACAGUAGCAGCAGUAGUGACAACGAGGGUGGUACUGGGAGAAGAAAAAACCGACGCAGGUCAGAUGGCAAGAAACGUCGUUCUUCUACCUCUGCGUCCCAUCCUCGUGGUCGACGAAAAUCGGGAGGACUUGGUGAAUUGGCCACGGAAACAAAUAGGGACGGCGACGGUAUUAAUACGAGUAGCGCAGCGCCAGGAGUAGGAACGAGCAACAAUGCGUCCAACUUUGGUACUGGCGAUGCGUCCACGUCCACGAUGUUGUCGCCAGAGCGUGGCGAGGAGCCAAGCCAGAGCGAGGCCAUUCUUCGGAGAUGGAUUAAAACCUGGCUGAAAGCUUGGGAGAUGCAGUUAGGCGAUCGCACAGAGGAGGAGAUGAGUUCUAGCGAAGGCAAAACGCAGAGUGCUCUCUUUCGUCAGAGCAAACAGGACAUGCAGCCAUUGUUAAAACGACUGAAAAAGCGCGACCUUGAGGCGGGCACAGUCGAACUCCUCAUGGACAUGGUGCGGUGCUGUGAACAGCGCGAGUACAGGGCUGCUAGUGGCAAAUACAUCGAAUUGACAGUCGGGAAUGCAGCGUGGCCGGUGGGAGUGACCAGUGUGGGCAUUCACGAACGAGUAGGAAGAAGCAAAAUCUCCUCUUCCAACAUAUCGCACACGCUGAAUGACGAUACGACUAGAAAAUGCAUGCAAGUCUUCAAGAGACUCAUGAAACAAUGCCAAAUAUCCAAUCCCCCGAACGACGCCUCAAACGUGCUCUAGUUGUACUUGGAACAGACGUUACCUUUUCCCUAUCCCUUAUGACUAUGUCGAAGAUCGCAAUCUAUAAUUCACAAAAUAUUCUUGUGCUUUCUUAUAAACCUCCACUUACUGUUUAAAUUAACAUGUUGUUUCGAUAUUCUUCCAGAAUUCAAUCUUGUGACACGUCGUCUCGUAGGGACGGAAUUUUCCUUCGGGACGUAGGACUACCCUUGAGAAAAAAAAAGGAUUUGUUGACACGACAAAUUCGGUGCGCGUCUUUAUUGCGUCGGAUUGAAUUAGAAUCUUCCACAGCUAAUUACGGACACCAUCGGGGAACGCAAAUUUAGCAGAGUACCACCGCCAGCGGCACGGCAUACGUUUGAUGUUUCAUUAAUAUCUGAAGAAAUGAAUUUGGAUUCUCACCUCCCAGUUCCCUAUUUCUCAGUUUGCACUUGCACUAGUUCUGU